AUGGAUGCCUCCGUCCCACCUCCGCCGGCGGUUCCAGAGGCAUGGCUGCCCAACAAGCUUCGAAAGCGACAAGGCCUCUUGGAUCACACGGACGUGCCUGCCCGGCAGAAGGUGCCUUUCAUCCACUGGGGCUACAGGCCACCUCCUGCAGGGCCCUGGGACCUUAUCCGAAGCAUUUUUCGGAUCCACAACGAGACAGGUAACAUCUGGUCUCACUUGAUUGGUGCUGGCUACUUCGCUUGGGUUGGGGUCGAUGCAGCCCUGGGCUUCUCGAGAGCGACGAGCUUUGAGCAGCAGGCCACAACACUUUGGAUCUUUCUUCUGGUCGUGGCCAGUGCUUAUUGCUGUGUUUGUUCCGUCGUCUUUCACCUCUGCUCCUGUGCUCACGUCGGUGUCAGAGACUGCACGUACAAGAUGGACCUGACGGGCAUUGUGGUCUUGAUCGCUGCAUCGUACUUCACUGGCAUCGCCCUCGGCUACCGUUGCUAUCCCGCCUUGCGCAGCUUCUAUCUCGCAUACGCGGCCUUGAUCUCUGUAGCGCUGGCAGUGCCGCUCUUGAAGCGAGAGCUGGUGAAGGAUUUGGCACAGCACAUGGUGCUGUGUGUGGUCCUUGGGCUUGUUCCUGCCGUGCAUUUUCUCUUUGCGGCCACUGGGAAGGAAGCCGCGUGCGUGCUCCCGUACCUGCUUCUAAUGUUUGGCAGCUACGGUGCCGGGGCUUGCUUCUACUUUGCUCGCUGGCCCGAGUGUUGCUGGCCGGGGUACUUCGACAUAGUCGGACACAGCCAUCAGUUCUGGCAUCUCUUCGUGCUGAUGGCCGCAGUCUGUUGGCUGCAAGGAUGCCGUGCGAUGACCGAGAUUGCCAUGGUCUGUGAGGUGCUUGACGUGCCUGAAGAGGGCAUGAUACUUCCAUGA